AUGGCUGGGCGCGACUACGACUUGUUCCAACAAAUCUACUGCCUUUCUUUUGCCUCCAACCUCGUCUCGAGCACGGAAGGCACAGAAGCAAACCUCCAAGCUGCACUAGAGGAAAUUCUUGAAGAUAUCCUUCCACGUUUGAUAGGCACCUGGUCUAUUUCCUGGGGGCCAAGAGUCUUCAAAGAGAAGCCUGAUGAGCCGAAAGGCGGUCCGGACAAUGUCUGGUUUGCGGCCAUUAAUGACAUUGAUAAAGUCUGCGCUGUUUCCAUUGCAGGUACGGCGAAGAAUUCAGAUGCAGACAUAACACAAGAUCUCAAUGUCACUGAGGUCGUGGACUUUGAUGUCUGGGUUGAGUCGUGGUCUUCUCAGGGCAUUCCUAAACCCGAAAAGGCCAAUUCCGAUCAGCUAGACCCUUCCAAGUCCUAUUGUGCAAAGGGAAUCUGCGAUGGCACGUGGAAUGUGUUGAACAAUCCUAGUACGGCAGUUAAUAGUGGUCUGCGUAUCGAUGAGUACUUGCAGCAGCUUGAUCCAGAUUACACCGUCGUCUUCACAGGUCACAGUCUAGGAGGAGCCCUUGCUCCGACUUCUGCAUUGGGAUUGGCAGGGUCUAAGAUUGGCUCUAGAAAUACGGUCAAGGUUCUGCCGUCCGCCGGAGCUUCUCCCGGAAACGACGUUUUCGCCAAGAAAUAUUCCGAAGUCUUCCCCAAGGAUCCUCAGGUAUCAAGCGAAGACUACAAGGUCUACAACACAGACUUCUAUAACAUUUACGACAUCGUGCCCCAGGCUUGGUCUAUUAAUCCUGACCACAAAAGAAAUCUCGAUAAUAUUCUAACCAAGAUUCUCCACUGCAGCGAUGACUUUCAGCCUUUUGCAGAAGAUGUGGUAUGCGACGCUAAGGACAAAUCCAGAGAUUCGUUCAUACCGUAUACUCCCCUUCCGGGACAAAACUUCGUUGGUCGCCCCCCACCUAAAGACCCUAUCGAAAGCGUGAGCGACGUGAAAGCACAUUCCAGUCAGCAUCACGUUACCGCAUAUCUGGAGGAGUUGGGCAUUACUAGGUCCUUCCAGAUAUUUAAAGACAAAUUCUCGAAGCGGAUUGGGGCUCCAACGGGUCCUGGUAAUUAA